GGCUUCGUUACAAGCCAAAGGAAGGCUUCGCUGUCCCGGCUUCCCCCUCGUGGGUCCCAUCUUCGGAUCACAUCGCGGCCGUCCGCCUCCGUCUUCGCCUGGUCUUGACCGUUUGCGCCGGCGCGGUAGACUUUGCGUCAACGGCACGGCCUGACACCGCUGACGAGGAGAGAGAGCGCGCAAGCGCGAGGAUGACGACGAAACAAUAGAAGAGGACGGCCACUGCCCGAUUCGCACGCCGACCGCGAGGAAACCGACGCCAGCCCCUCUCUCUUUCCUCCGCUCGCCGGAAGGGAACGCGAGAUGGGCGCUGCCGUGACGGAGGCGAUGGAACCGCCCUCCGGAGGAAAGGAGGAGAAGCUCGGCGGAGGAGAGAAAUCGGUUGGAGGAGAGCGGAAGAAGGAAGUGGCGAUGGUGGAUUCGUCGCCGGGGGAGACGAAGGUGUCCAGGUUGCAGACGCAGCACCCAGUGGCUCCCAUCCAUGUCGCCCCGCACCCCGCCGCCACAGCGGCCACCGCCUCCGCCGGCUUCCAACCCGCCCCAACCCCACCGCAGGUCGUCAGCCUGGCCUCGCUGAACUCCAGGGCGUACACCAAUCGGAUUUCGCUGCUGCUCUUCGUGUUCCACCUCCUGGUGGCCGCCGCCGCCGUGUGCUUCUUCUGCUACAAGGGAGUCCAGGGCUUGCUCGACUUCGGAUCUCCCAGGGCUCGAAGGGAGAGGCAUGUGCUCAAGUUCUGGAUUCCGCCCAUCGAGGGCGCCUCCGUCCUCAGCAUCAUCCUCGCCUUCGUCUGGCAGAAAACGGUGCGGUUGUAUCCUACCGUCAUGGUCCACAUCAUCCUCUGGGCCAGCUUCUUCGCCACCAUGGCUGCCGGAAUCCUCCUCCUUUGCUUCUCCCUUCCGGCCACAGACGGGCUAGGCGUCGCCCUCAUCGCCUUCUCAAUCGGCGCCGGCCUCUACACCUGCUGGGUCACUCGCCGUGUCGCAUUCACGGGGAAGAUCUUCGCCCAGGCGCUGAAGCCGGUGGCCAAAUUCCCGGACGUGAACGGCCCGGCCUACCUCAUGAUGGGCGUCGGCUUCCUCUGGAUCUUGGUGUGGUGCUUUUCCAUCAUCGGAGCCCUCAAUUUCUACUACCCGCCCCUGACCAUCCUCGCCCUGGUGCUCAGCCUGGCUUGGACGGCCGAGGUGAUGCGCAAUGUGGCUAAUUUGACGGUUAGCCGAGUGAUCGCCCUGUACUACCUCAGGGGAAUGCAGUCGAACACCCAGUUCAGCUUCCAGCGCGCCACCACCAUCAAUCUCGGCAGCGCCUGCCUCGGCUCGCUCUUCGUCCCCUCCAUCGAGGCGCUCAGGAUCAUCGCCCGCGGCCUCAACUUGCUGGAGGGAGAGGACGAGUUCUUGUUCUCCUGCGCUCACUGCUGCCUCAGAGUCAUGGAAUCCGUCUUCCGCUACGGGAACAGCUGGGCCUUCGUCCAUAUCGCAGCAUACGGAAAGGGGUUCGUGGAGGCGUCGAUGAGCACUUGGGGGCUAUUCGAGCGGAACAAGAUGGAAGAGCUGGUCGACUCCGACAUCACCUCCGCCGUCUGCUUUCUGACUGGGGUGACCAGCGGCGCACUCUCCCUCAUCUUCGCCGCGUCCUGGACCUUCUCCUCCCACAAGCACUACACGGCCACCGUCUCCCUCCUCGCCUUCUUCGUCGGCUAUCUCAUGACGCGGAUCGGCAUGGCGCUUCCGCACGCGUGCGUGGCGUGCUACUACGUCUGCUACGCCGAGAACCCUACCUCGCGACUGUUCGACUCCACCAUCCCGGAGCGGCUGAACCAGAUCGACCGCGAGGGCAACGUAGCCACGCCUCGGUUCCCCCGGCGCCCCCCUACCGCUUGACGUCCGCCCGCCCGCCCGCCCGCACAAUGCCUGCUCCUGCAGACAAAUCAAUCGCCGCCACCGCGACGGCGACGGAAGGAGACGCACGCACGCCAAGUGUUUGUAUAUUUGUCUCAAUUAAAAAAGAGACGACAGCUGGGCUACGAGGGGGAAGGAGCGGAGUCUUGAGUCGUGACGUAAGUCGUAAGGCUUCGAAUUUAAUUGGUGGGGCAGAUCUCAUGGGAUCGAUGUCAUCGGCGUUUUAUCUCGUUGAAUGAUUAAUCUGCGCCGCCAUCCUCAGUAGGGGAAUAUUCUGGAAAGAUAGGCAUAAUUCAUUUAUAAUGCGACAAUUUAUUAAAUCA